UCCCCAAUAUCAGAAACAAUGCUCGCCCACCCAAGCUUAAGCACUGCCGAGCUAUGUUUAACUUCACAUGCUAAAAGCUUCUUACCCUCUUUGCUGAAGAGGAACAUGUCCAGCAGGAAGCCCAGUGAGUCUCCAUUACUGCCUGCAAGUGCAGCCAAGUCGUCAUCGGACGUGGGAGGGUUCGAUCCCCGCAACAUCGAAAGAGCCAUAAAGCUACAUUCAGCUAUUACCAACAGAGGCUCCAAGAAAUUCACGGAACUGAUCGGUGAUGAAUGUCGAUAUUGUUUCGGUAGUCUUCCUCUCCAUCCUUUGGCGCUAUGUGAGAAAGCUCUUCAAAUGCUGCACUCUUUCAUGGUGCGGAACAGCAUCAUGUUGGUGAUGAAGCCGACGGCGGGCUAUGGAGUUGACAUUGGCUUUAGAUGGUUCUCAAAUCUUGCGAAGGACAACUUACCCUUGAGCUUUGGUUGCACCAUCUCUGCAGUUCAAGUGUACACGGGCAUAUUACUUCUAAGGAAUGCUAAAAGCAUCAUCGACAACUCAUUGGCCCAAAUGCAACUUCCGCAGAAGUUGGAGGUAACUCUUCUGCACAUCAUUGACAAGCUUGUACCCAAGACUGUUCCUGAAGGGAAGGAAAGAGCAGUCCUACUGUAUUCCUUGCUUAGUCUACUGACCAUGGUCAUUUCUGUCUUCAUCUUAAAUAACACAAUGGUGUAACAUGUCACUUACUACGUAUAUACUGAAAGAACACAAUGGUGUACGCAAGUUACUAUUUCAUGAAUGCAACAAAACAAGCUCGGUGAGGUUGGUACAUAGCUUCUUUAUCUAUGUGGGAUGAUGACUAAUCAUAGCAG